ACACAACCGGUUUCUCUUGUUUCCAUUUUCUCAAUGUCCAAUUUCUCUUCACCGACUCCAUCAACAAGCGACACGAACAAUAUCUCUGGUCAUGACGGUCACCUUUCACUCGCUCGAGACAUCCACGACAGGUUUUCAGCUCUCCUAUCUAGCCCCUCUCAUAGAUCUUGUUUUUUCAGAACCACGACUCCUUCCAUUUCUCGUAUGUAGCUAUUUCUUCCUUUUCGAUGUGUUAUUUUGUUUCUCUCCUACCGUACUAUCUUGGCUUCACAAAUGUCUCAUCUUUUCACAUGACCAUCUGACUGGCUGGCUGUCUGACACAAGAAGCAGGAGAAGAUCGACGAUUUGUUGCAAGGGAUGAAUUUGACGUCCUUGAAUGUGAGAGAAAAAGAGAUACAUGGGAAUGAUCAUGA